CACUCAUUACUCAGUCUCUAUGUGCUGCUUCUUUUAUUCAUUUCUGCCUUAUCUUUUUCUUUCUUUAUCUCUCCCCGGUUGGUAGUGGCCUUCGCGCAAUGAAGAACAAGAAGAUGCUGACGUCGAUUUCUACAAUCGGAAUUGUGCUCUUUGCGUGUUUCUGCUUCGUAACGGUCACGGAGGCAGAAGAAUACUUCAAGCCUUUCAAUGUCAGCUACGAUCACAGGGCUCUCAUUAUCGACGGCCACCGUCGCAUCCUCAUCUCUGCCGGAAUUCACUACCCUCGCGCCACUCCCGAGAUGUGGCCUGAUCUGAUUGCAAAGAGCAAGGAAGGCGGGGCAGACGUAAUUGAAACUUAUGUCUUCUGGAAUGGGCAUGAACCAGCGAGAGGACAGUAUAAUUUUGAAGGGAGAUAUGAUCUUGUGAAGUUUGCAAAACUUGUUGCAUCCAAGGGACUCUAUUUCUUUUUGCGUAUAGGACCUUAUGCUUGUGCUGAGUGGAACUUUGGGGGUUUUCCUGUGUGGUUGCGUGAUAUCCCUGGUAUUGUAUUUAGAACAGACAAUGAACCUUUCAAGGUGGAGAUGGAGCGGUUUGUUUCUAAGGUGGUGAACAUAAUGAGAGACGAAAAGCUGUUUUCUUGGCAAGGAGGUCCUAUAAUUUUGUUGCAGAUUGAGAAUGAAUAUGGGAACAUUGAAGGCUCCUUUGGCAAGGCAGGUAAAGAGUAUACUAAAUGGGCAGCUGGAAUGGCUCUAAGUCUUGGUGCUGGUGUUCCUUGGGUCAUGUGCAAGCAAACUGAUGCUCCAUAUGAUAUUAUUGAUACAUGCAACGCAUACUAUUGUGAUGGGUUCAAACCUAACUCUCCUCACAAACCAAUUAUGUGGACAGAGAACUGGGAUGGAUGGUAUACUCAAUGGGGGGAAAGAUUGCCCCAUAGACCUGUUGAAGACCUUGCAUUUGCUGUUGCACGGUUUUUCCAGCGUGGAGGAAGCUUUCAGAACUACUAUAUGUUUUUUGGUGGAACAAAUUUUGGCCGCACUGCAGGGGGACCCCUGCAAAUUACAAGUUAUGAUUAUGAUGCUCCAAUUGAUGAGUAUGGUCUGCUUAGUGAGCCAAAAUGGGGUCACUUGAAAGAUUUACAUGCUGCUUUAAAGCUUUGUGAGCCUGCUUUGGUGGCAGCUGAUUCACCAACAUACAUAAAAUUGGGCCCAAAGCAGGAGGCACAUGUGUACCAAUUAGAUGUUCGCCCUAAAUUAGUGAACUUGUCUCUUUCUGGAUUUUCUAGUAUAUGCUCAGCAUUUCUUGCCAACAUUGACGAAAAGAAAACAGCUACUGUGACCUUCCAAGGUCGAACAUAUACUCUACCACCAUGGUCUGUGAGUAUUUUACCAGAUUGCAGGAAUACAGUUUACAAUACUGCCAAGAUUGGAGCACAAACUUCAGUCAAAUUGUUAGACUUUGAUUUGCCACUUGUCUCAAGUCUUUUCCCAUCCCAGAAAUUGAUCAAUCAAGAUGGCAUUUUCCGCAGCUCAAGUUCUUGGGUGACUGCAAAAGAGCCAAUUCGUGUUUGGAGUAACAGCAGUUUCACUGUACAAGGUAUAUUGGAGCAUUUAAAUGUAACAAAGGAUCAAUCUGAUUAUCUUUGGUAUUCAACCAGAAUAUAUGUUUCAGAUAGCGACAUCUUGUUUUGGAAGGAAAAUGAUGUUACUCCAAAACUUACUAUAGAUGGCAUCCGUGACAUAUUGCGUGUAUUUAUCAAUGGCCAGCUUAUAGGUAACACUGUUGGUCAUUGGGUCAAGGUGGUCCAGACAGUUCAAUUUGCUCCAGGAUACAAUGAUUUAACACUGUUAUCUCAGACAGUGGGCUUACAGAAUUAUGGUGCCUUCCUUGAGAAAGAUGGUGGAGGGAUUAGAGGUACAAUCAAGCUCACGGGAUUCGAAAAUGGAGAUAUAGAUCUUUCAAAAUCAUUUUGGACCUACCAGGUUGGACUUCAGGGUGAGUUUCUAGAAUUUUACAGUGAAGAGAAUGAUAAUGCAGAAUGGGUUGAAUUAAGUCCUGAUGCCCUUCCAUCCAUAUUUACAUGGUACAAGACAUAUUUUGAUGUCCCUGAUGGCACAAAUCCAAUUGCUCUUGACCUGCAAAGCAUGGGGAAAGGUCAGGUUUGGGUGAAUGGCAAUCAUAUUGGACGAUACUGGACACAGGUCUCCCCUAAAGAUGGAUGUGAACAAUUUUGUGAUUAUCGUGGAGCAUACAGUUCGGACAAGUGUACAACUAAUUGUGGAAAACCUACUCAAACCUUGUACCACGUGCCACGGUCAUGGCUGAGAGCAUCAAACAAUUUACUUGUCAUUUUGGAGGAAACAGGUGGAAAUCCGUUUGCGAUUUCUGUUAAGUUGCAUUCAGCCAGGACAAUAUGUGCUCAAGUGUCAGAAUUGCACUAUCCACCGUUGCAGAAAUUGGUGAAUGUAGAUGUCAUUGGUCAAGAAGUUUCCGUAGAUAAUAUGAUUCCUGAAAUGCAUUUAUGGUGCCAAGAUGGACAGAUAAUUUCCUCCAUAACUUUUGCUGGUUUUGGAACACCUGAAGGUAGUUGUCAGAAUUUUUCUCAAGGGCAAUGCCAUGCACCUAGUUCAAUGUCCACGGUAUCCAAGGCUUGCCAAGGGAAAAGUAGCUGUUCAAUCAAAAUAUCGAGCAGUGUGUUCGGAGGUGACCCAUGUGAAGGUGUUGUCAAAACAUUGGCUGUGGAGGCAAGGUGCACAUCACCGUCAAGUGAUGGCUUCGUAAGCAGCGUUUAGAAUCUGUUGGGUGUGUGAAACAGGCGGACAUGAACAAACUACCCUUGAUUGUAUUCACUAUACAAUUGUAGAAAUACUAUCAUUAUGUUAUGAUUUAUAUAGUACAAUAUAUGAAAAAAGCAGCAGCAAAUAAACUCUUAAUUUUCUA